GACGACAAAAAACGUGAUCACCACAAUGACAAUCUCCAGAUUCUAUGUUUUAGGGAAGAAGCAAAAGCAAAAUGGCAUAUUAACCACGAAAUAGAGCCAUGAUCUUCAACUUCAACUCUAUGAUAUUUCUUGAACACGAGACUCCUGUGUAUGGAGUUUUCGUAGUUGUCGGCAGCUGCUUCUAGAUCUAGAAGUCGCAAAAUCUGCAAAAAAUCUACAUCAACACGAUGUCAUCGUCACUCCAGAAUAAGUCCACAUCCUCCUCCAGCAUGACUUCUGGUACCACGGACAAAGGCCUCCGCGGCGGCCCGGCCAAGACCUAUUCACUCGAGGGUUUGAGAGCGAUGGGAAUCGGCACGCUCCGAAUCUUGGCCCGGGCCCAGGGCAUCCAGGCCCCAACCUCCAAGCCGCAUCCCUCGGAAACGGUGGAAUCGCUGGCACAGCAGAUUUUGGAAAAACAGGAGCGGGAAAAGUCUCUGAGUCUGAACUCCUCAAACGGCUCCAUCCGAGCAGAAAAUCUCAGGAGCGCGAUCUCCCGCGCGAAAAACACAACUGGGGUGGUCGAGCGGAAAGGAGAACCGCAUGAGGGCGUAAUAGGUCUUGCUGGUGGGACGGUAGCACAGCAAAAACAAGCAGAGGCAGCGACUCGAGAACCACCGCCACCCACCUACCACAGUGUGAAUAAGGAGAACCAGCAGCAGGACGAGCCGCCCCCGUCCUACAGCGUUGCAACGGGAGCUGGUGGAGCAGUUGUAGCUCCUCAGGGUAGUGCAGCAAACUCCAUGAUCCGCCAGCUGGUUUCUGGGCCGACGGUGACAGCGAGCUCCAGUACAAACCCGAAUCCCCUAGGCGCUGGAACAAACAUUGGCGGGACCGAGAGACCAAAUUUUUCCUCGAACGAGGAGGCCAGUGAGUCUGCUGGACCGAACAACAUCAACAAUCUCGGGACCACGACAAAUAAACACACGGCGCCCACCUCCGCUACCACCCGGAUUGUGCAACACCCGGACGAGCGACCGCUGCAGCCCCCGUCGUACAACUCCCAUUUUUCCGCGAGAAGUGCUGUUAACUCUUCCAGUGUCAGCGAGCAGCAGCUCCCUGCGACGGUCAGCUAUGAACUGCAAAAGUAUCGUACUCGUAUAAAUGCAUUACAAAUUUUCUCAGCAUGAGAAAUAGAAUUUGUGAUGCAGAUUUACCGUAAGAAAAAAAUUUGUAGUGCAUGAUUGCAAUACGAGUGCGAUACUUUUGCACAGGAUAUCAGCACCUUGACGAACAAUUCGUUUCUGAACACAAACUAUCAUGUGCAAAAGUAUCGUACUCGUAGUAAUUGCAUUUAUGCAUUACAAAUCUCCGUCCCAAGGUAGAUCAGCAUGACAAAUUCCAUUUCUCGCGCUAAGCUAAUUUGUAGUAAUGCAUUGUAUACUACUACUAGUGCGAUGCUUUUUCAUUGCAUACAAACAGCAACAGCAAGCAAAAUCUUCCAAAUGAGUUUGGAUUUGGACCAAAUCCAAACGACCCCUCCCGUUCCCGCACGCCGAAGCGCACGAACCCCAUGAAGUUCAUGCCCUCGGCGAGGCAAAACGCUGCGAAUUUUAUUGCCAAUAAUUCUGGCAAUCAUGGAGCGACUAAUGCUUCGGCUCUUGAACAGCAGCAGCAGCAGCAGCAAUAUAGUGGAGGUGUUGUAGCGCCACAAGUGGCAGCACAUCAAACCAACCGGUCCUCCACGGGGAAAGCGCCCUCCCGUCGGCCCUCGGACCCGCCGGAGUCGUCUUUACCGCACAGAUACCCUGUGCAAAAGUAUCGUACUCGUAGCAAUCGCUGUCAUGCAUUACGAAUCUCCUUCUUAACCUAUAUCCGCAUUACAAAUUCCAACUUUCCUGCUGAGGGAAUUGGUCAUGCGAUUUCUACUACUACGAUGCUUUUGCAUUUCAUAACAGAAACCGGUUUCAGAAAAUCACCGGAGGUGGAGGUGGCACCACGACAACUACGCAUACGAAUCUGAGUUUUUUGUCGCAAAAUUCCUCCACUUCAAAUCUGCACCAACAUCAGACGAAGAAUUCCGCACGAAGGGUGAGCUCCGCGCACAACCAACGACGGAUCUCCGGAGUGGGAAUGGGAGCACAGCAGGGAGGUGCUGGAAGUAGAGAUCUCAAGAGCGGCUUAGGCACUGGUGCUGGAAUGGGCAUGGCAACGGGCGGGAACCCGAAUUUCAACUCUGCAGCGAGAAGGGCUUCAUCCCUGGUCGGCGGGAGCAACAAUAGCAGUGGUGGUUCUGGCACGUCGGCUGCUGCACCGCGUGGGAUUUUGAAGAACACAAGCAAUCAGCCGGCGCUUAUCCACCCCCCAUGGAACAGCAGCACUGCGAACACUUCGUUCAACCAAAACAUCGGAAGUUUAGCGACGAGCAACGGCCAAAACAACAACGCGAUGAAUACGUCACAGAACAAUCAGUACUACGAGCGCGAGCGUGCGGCGAGUAGAAUACCGCAUCCAACGUCUAACUCGAGCAGAAGAAGUCUCGCGCCGCCGAAUUUCGGGCCGGGAAACGCGAUGUCGCGGUCCGCGUCGGAGCCUGGACUGGGGCCAGGGAUUAUCAUGCAAGCGGUGCAGCAGCACCAGCAGAUAAAUCAAGACGUCGACAAAGAUAUCGACAUGCUGGCUGGACAGGGGACAGUAGUACAAGCGCAACAUCAACAGCAACCACCUUCCGGCACUCUCUCCGGUGCUGGUCCUCUGCUGAAUUCCAGCAGUAUGAACAAUUUAAACAACUCCUCUGCCAAUCUGUCCUUCUCCUCCGCUCUUUCCCAGCAGGACGUGAGUAUGUUGCAGAUGAGUUUUGUUCACCAGCAUCAGCAGCAAAACUUGAAUCCGCAGCAACAGGGACCACCUGCUCCUCCUCCCCAAUCUGAUCCGGAGCAGGAGCGCGCCCUCCGCAACCAGAUCGAGCAGGAACUCCGCCAAAAAAUCGAGCAAGAACUGAGGCAGAGCCUCGAACAGGAAGUGCGGCAGAAGCUCGGGCAGGAGUACACGGCAAAAUUUGAGCACUUCACGCAGCGAGAGCGGGAGAGCAUGCAGAAAACCUUUCAGGAGGAAGUCGCGAAAAAAGAGCAGGAGAUCCGGGAUUCGAUGCGUACCGAGAUGGUGGCGCAGCUCCAACAGGAACAGACGAAGUUGAAGCAGGAGUGCGAAAAAUUUGAACAGGACAUGCACGCCCAGUUCAACCACGCAGUAGGGUUUAAGGUAGACAGUUACAAGAAGGAGCUGCAGAAAGCGAAACAGGAGCUGGAAAAAAAGCAAGAAUUAGCCGCGACGAUGACGAACGAACUGGAAAAUCUGAAAACGACGAACGCGAAUUUGGUGCAAAACUUGAACACUUUGGCCGCAGGGGCGAAGAGUCCAGCUGCGGGUGGAGCAGCUUCUGGUGGUACUAGCACGACAGGAGGCAUGACAAUGAAGCUGCAGCAAGACGUCACACCAGUGCAGUCGCAGAACUCGAAAUCAAACGCGAUGGAGGUGGAUUCCACACCGAUACAACCUCCGGGAAACAUCAAUACAUCAGCCAGUGCAGACGUGAACAAGAGUCUUCCCACAGGAGCAGCAGCUCCGGUAGUGGCGCUUGCAGCAGUUCCCACCGAAGCCGAGUUGAAGAAGGAGAUUUUGCAAGGCGUGCGAAAAUCUGUGACCUUCAACGAGGAGCCCGAUGUACGGGUGUAUGGAAACUCGCAACCUGACUCUGUAGCUCCUCCUGCUUCGCAACUACUAGGAUCUUCCUCUCAGCAGCUUCCUGUGCAAGAGGACAGCAAUAACGGUGGCACUGCUGGUGGUGACAACAACCAAGACAACCAGGACUGUGUCAUUACCCCGAUGUCUACGAGCUCCAGCUCCCGGAAACGGGAGUCCAGUGGGAAAAUGCAAGACAGUUUGGACGGCAAGGCUGCUGGUGGUAACAAUCCUUCUUGCUUCAAUCCCAACGCAGCGGAGGAUGGCGAGGAAAUAGAGCCUUUGAGUAAGAAGACCACGUCGGCAAAAAAGAAGCUGAUCACGAAGGAUACAGGUGGGGGAGGAGAUGGACAAGAGGGUCAAUUUCAACAGCAAGAACUGCUGCACAAUUACGAUGACGACAUGAACGACACAGCUUCGCUCCCGUUACAAGCGAAAAUCGAUUUGCUGCAACGGCAGUCCAUGCACAACACGCUCAUGCUGAACGCGCGGACCAGUUCGAUGAAUAAAAACCAGAUCGGAGUCAAUCUGCUCCCUAACGCGACUACGGCGAAUGACCAGCAAGCUGCCGAUGUGGAGCAGUUCAGCCCUGAUUUGGAUCCGGAGAUCUUAGACGCGAUGGGCAUGAGCUUCAUGGAGACGAGUGAGAAUGGUACGGCAGGUGCUGGGAGUGAGCAGGCCGGCGGAAGCUCUUCCAGCACGGCAAACGCAGCGGACAGUGGCGGUUUCCGAGCAGCUGCGAGCGCUGCGGCGAAAGCGAGUGGCGCGACUGGACCGGCUUCUGGCAAUAAAGGCGGCGCACCAGCCGCGCCUUCUGCGAAAGGAGCUGCUACUGGUGGAAAGAAGGGCGCUGCAGGGAAAAAAGCGGGUGCAGCAGUGCCUGGGAAGAACGGAG